CGCAGAUGAACAAACGCAUGGCGUACUCAAAAUCCAAAUAAUAAAAUUAAAGAAAUUGUAAAUAAUAGACUGACAAGCCAUGGUUAAGCUUACAGCGGAAUUGAUUGAACAAUCUGCACAAUAUACGAACCCAGUUCGAGACAGAGAACUUGAUCUCAGAGGUUACAAAAUUCCAGUUAUUGAAAAUUUGGGAGCUACUUUGGAUCAGUUUGAUACAAUAGAUUUAUCAGACAAUGAUAUUAGAAAAUUAGAUGGAUUUCCACUGCUCAAAAGACUUAAAUCAUUGUUGGUGAACAAUAACCGAGUAGCGAGAAUAUCAGACACAUUAGCAGAAAGUAUACAAAAUCUUGAAACAUUAGUCUUAUCAAAUAACAGUAUGCAAGAAUUAGGUGAUCUGGAUUCGCUUGGAUCCAUGAAAUCACUGACCUAUCUAAGUUUAUUACGAAACCCAGUCACAACAAAGAAACAUUACAGAUUAUACAUUGUGUUUAAAAUACCACAACUACGAGUUUUAGAUUUCCAAAGAAUAAAACAAAAGGAAAGAGAAGCAGCAUCUAAAAUGUUUAAGGGAAAGAAGGGACAAGAAAGAGCGCAGGACAUUGGGAAAAGAAGUAAAACAUUUGUUCCUGGGGAAAAAUUGGUGGAAAAGACAGGUCCUUCAAAAGAGGAUGUGGAGUUAAUAAAGAAUGCUAUUGCAAAUGCCAAAACAUUAGAUGAAGUGGAAAGACUUAAUCAGAUGUUGAAGACAGGCCAUAUACCAGGGAAAGAAAUCCGAAGACUCAGGGGUGAAAUUGUCGAAGAAGAAGAAGACAUGGAAGUGACGAAUGGAACGUGAUAUCAAAUGGAAACAAGAAAAGAAUUUAUUUAUUGGUGCAAUCCAGGCCAACUUGUACAUAUUUAUGAACAUUUCCCUCAAAUAAGCUGUUGUUUCAGCUUAUACAUUAUUUUUAAAGGGUUAUUUAGUGCUUUGUACAUAUAGGUCUAAAAUGGGAUCAAUUAUUAAGAUCAUUUUAGAAUCUCAGGCAGCUAUUGAAUAUUGAUCCAAUAUGAAAAACAAGAAGUCCAACUUUCUUCUAGUGAAACAAGAAACCUAUUCAAAAAUUACUUUUCAAUUUAUAGUAAAUGAGUAAAAUAUUCUCUUUUCUAGUUUAAAGGGGCAUUAGCUGUCAAAAUCAAUGUUCACCGAUUUGAAUCAAAUUCUCAUAUUUGAUUUAUAACCAUACUAAAACGUAUAUCCAAAUUACAAUACGUCUGAAAUGAACCGUUAACAGUGCAUGUACUCGAUAAUAUUAAUUAGAAUUUCGUGUGGUGUGUAUUUUAGUCUAGACGCCAUCUAAUUAACUAUCAAGAUGACCUUCGAAGACUGCUGCCGACUGUCACAUAACCCGAUAUAAACAUAAACAUAAAUAUAAAUAGAUAACAACCUCGUGCAAUUGGAUUUUUCUACGUCUGUUUGAUUUCAUGUUAUAGGUUAAAAAAAUAAGUUAUUUAUCGUUUUUACCUGAAUAAGAAUGAUUUUUUGUGAAUCGAAUUAGUCAACGAAAUGGUUCACCUUUGUUUCACUUUCAAUACUGACAUUCUUUUCCGUUUAAUGGCUGAACACGACUAAAACAUGCGUAACCAAUCUCUAGCUAAUGGGUUAAAUUGAAGGUCACAUGAUUCAAUAAGGUCGAAUUUUUCACUUGCAAGUGAAUAAUUCAUCAGCGAUGUUUCUUUGCUUAUUUUGACAAAAUUGAACCAAAUUGGUGGCUAAAAGUGAUUUAUUAUUUCAUAAUUUCACUUUAUUAAUGAUUGAACCGUACUAAAUCAUAUUCUUUUUUUUUUAUAUCUCGUAGCUAAUGCCUCUUUAAAGUUUGUAUAAAUUUGAUAAAGUAGAUUUCCACAAUGAAUUUAUACUGUCUUUCAAAUUUAACUUUAAAUCAUGAAAAUUAUUAAUUGCUAAGGAGUUAGGUUGACUAUUACCUAUAUGUUAAGCAAUGUUAAUGAUUAUAUAUCAGAUAUUAAUUGUUGAUAAGAAUAAAUGAUACAGAUUACACUACACAAUUGGGUUGAAAUUGACAUUUUAAUGUAUUUAAAAGUUACAUAUACAAAAAUUGAAAUUGUAAUAAAGGUUGAGAAGUG